GGCGCCGACUCUGCACCACUCCGCCGCCGCCGCCGCCAUGUCGCCCGCCCGCCUGCUGCUCGCGCUCGCCGCGCUCCUCGCCGCCGCCCGCGCUCAGCAGAACUGCAAAUCUGUGCUCUUCGGCAUAACAACUUCGAUUCCAAUAAUCUCCGAAGCAGUUCAGUUUCCUGCUGGAGGUGGGCGAGUCACUAUUGAUGAUUGGUGUCUACAACAACUAAAAGGAGUAGCCAGGGGCAACUACGUGACGGCGUGCAACAGCGAUCAGAACGGCCUGGCGCCCGACGUGUACCUGGUGUACGCCAACACGAUCUCGCCCGUGGACGUCAAGUGCCCCGACGGGUGCCCGCGAGGCGGCUACGUGUCCGUCGUGCAAUACUGCGGAUAAGAACUAACUUGUUUUUGAAUCAUUAUGAUAUGACCUAGAAACUCUCGUAAUUCAUCUUACGCGUGAAUGUGAGUGACAGAGCAUUUUGUGCACCAAUCGGUAAAGAGGCCGUAUCAUAUUGAUAUCAAAACCUGAAUCCGAUCAAUACAGUGUGAAAAUAU